AUGGAUUGGUUGGCGUUUCUGUUUUGUGUUUUAAUAUGGGCGUUACACGUGUCGAAUACUCAGUCACAAGGUUCUACCAACACAGAAUCUGCGAUCAACGUCCCGUCGCUGCGCAAGAGUACGUGCCAAACUCCUACUACAGUUGAUGAAUGUAUUGAGUGCACCUGUGACGAUGGAGUGCAGACCUGCAGAAAUGUGUGUCAUACUCUUGGUUAUCGAAGGAAAGGAAGCGAAUGCUUUAGUGGACAACCGAUUCCGGAUCCCGAUGGAUGCAAUACUUGUAUUUGUUUUGAAGGAGAGAUACGCUGCACGCGCAACCAAUGUGAUUUAGAACACGAUUAUGAAGGUAAAGAAUGUACUACACCGAAGUAUAUUUUGAAACCAGAUGGAUGUAACUUCUGCUUUUGCUCGCCUGAAGGGAGAUUGAAAUGCAGCAAUGAAAUCUGCAUACCAGAGUUUCAGUGUAGCAAGGAUAAGGCUGGAAUAUUUCGACCAGACAGCUGUAACGUGUGCGCAUGCGUGAAUGAUCGCCUGAGGUGUACGGCCAACAAAUGUCUAACAGCAAUAACUGAACCAUAUCUUCCACCAGCUUUAAGUUUAAUUAUUGAUCCACAAAUAAAAACGAGAUUUCAUGAAGACGAAGGACAAACUCCACUACCGCAUAGUAAAUGUACCAAUACCAUUUGUUGCCAUUGUCUUAAACGUAUGCUAGCAGGCUAUAUGGGAUCUUCUUCAGAGAAUUAUGACGACUUGUUCAAUGAAGGAACACAAAUUCAAAAAAAUAUAUCAAGGGGUCCAUUAUUUGAUAUCAUUGCUCAGAUAUGCAGUAAAAACCAGUCACUUGUUGAACAAAGUCAUGCAUAUCAUGGUUUCAAAGAAGAAGUCAAACUGCAUUCUAAUAGUUUAUCAAAAGACACAAGUAAAUUGAUAAAAAUAUUGGCCACUUCAUCAAAUAAUCCAGCCCUUGGUGAUAUAAGUGAUAGAUUUUCCUCAUCACAACAAGAACAUGAUCAAAAAAAUUAUCAAAGUAAUAAUUUUCCAAACCUCGCAACGGAACAUUUAAUAAAACCACCUUCAAUUGUAAACUACUCGACUAAAUUAAUUACUGCAAGCUCCCUAAGUAAUCAAACAAAUUUAGUUGUCCCGGAUAAGGAACCUUUGUAUCGGGACUCGUUUUUGCCAACAGAAGGCCGUCAAGAAAUCGUUUCAAAUUCAGUUUCUCUCUCUGCCCCAGAAUAUCCUAAACAUAUUGAUAAAGUUUUCCCGUUUAGCGAUGAGAACGAAAAAUUGAGCAAUGAUUAUUCUUCUCUUACUAUAGCCCCUAUGGAUGAGCCUAGAAUUAUUUCUAAUUCAUUACAAUUUGGACCCUCAGAUCAACAUACCAUUAUACCAGUAAUGUCUAUCCAAAGUACGGAAGGCAUAGCGAAUAACAAAAUACAAUCUCUUCAUUUAGUGCCACAAAAUGUACCAAACGCAGAAGUCGUAACUUCAGAUGAAUAUCAUCAAUACAAGCCGAUCGAAUCCAGAAUAAUAUCCUCCGCAAACUCUGCUAAAUCUGUCAUAGAAAAUAAUAACGAGAAAUCAAUGAUUGAUGAAAUUAACCAGAUUAUACAGCACACGUCACAAACUCAGCUUGAACCAAAUCCAGCAACAUACAAUUUGAAUCAAUUGAAACAACAAGAAGAUUACCAAAAUCCUAACAUACCCCAAAUACAUGAAAAUAAUAAUUUUGAAUCACUUUCAUUACAAAAAAGUCUGAAUCAAUAUAAUGAUUCCUCUAUUCAAGUUGAAACAGAAUCCGAUUUAACAAGUCAAGUUAUUUUAAACAAAAUAGAGGAUGCAUUACAAAUUAAGAGUCCUGUUACUGGCUCAACGUUGGUCCAAGAUCAAAAUCAACUGAAAGAUAUAUCAAUUACAAAUUAUCAUGAUAUGAGCCAGAUAGUACCAAAUUAUAACUUUGAUCAGGAUGUUAAUCGUACACCUCAGAACACCAGAAUACCACCACAAAGUAACAGGGGUUCCUCUGAUUUUCAUGAUAAUCAGUAUUUUCUCAACCGUAAUCCGAGUCUUCAAAUAAACCAUCAGCCAAAUGUACCGGCCCGAUUUUUACUUCCGCCUAGGUCACAAUUUAAGCCCAGAUCAUCUUACACUCAUAAUGUGCAUGAAAGGAGACCUCGACCCGUUUUUGUACCAAAUCAAGCUCGGACUCCCAUGCUUCAUAAUAAUAUUGCCCAAUCUCAGUUAUACCACAGACCCAUUCCUACAUCACAAAACUUCCAACCUUCAAAUAAUUUAAUAGCUUAUAGACCAAAUUCUCCAAAUCUUAUCCGUGAGCCUCUAAAGCUUCAGCAAUUUCCGCACGGUGAUACACUUGUGCAUGGUUCUACGUAUAAUGGAAACUUGCACAGCGGUGAAACGACACUAUAUAAAGACCAACUAUAUAAACAUGUGGCCCUACCAGACCUUACCGACCCAUUACUAGCUGAAGUAUAUCAACAAAAGAAUGGACGGCUAAAUGGUCAUCCUCGCAUUCAUCCUUAUACUAUGCACCCAAAUAUCCAGAGUCAGCCACAUAAUGUAGCUUAUGUUCCUUUGAAACAGGCUAUAAAUCCAUUCAGAAUACCGAAUGAACGCAAUUCUGGCUCUUUAAAACAUAUCACACAAAUGCCCAAGCCAGCUCAACCUAUCUUACUCCCACAAAAGCAAAUUGCAAUACAACAGCCACCAGCACAGCACAGCAAACUAAUAUGGGAGGGUCAAAGAAGACCCCUUAAUCAAUUUAGGUAUCCACAUUAUUUAGAUCCAAAUCCUUCACACCAAAAAAACUUUCAAUAUUUACCUUCUCAAAUGAUACCUAAUCGACCAGUAUUUGGCAGUAGUGAACUUUCCAGUGAAAUACAAUACUCACCCCGUCCUACUCGACCCGUUAACUUCCCAUAUAAACGUCCAGUGAAUGAAAAAAAACAAUAUUAUAAUAAAAAUAGACCAGACCAGAUGCUAGGUCAGUUUAAACAGCAAAAUGGAUUAUACAAAAGUAAUAGCUAUGAAUCAAUUUUUGCUCCAAUGCCAGGACAAUUUCCUAAUGCCAAUGUUGCAAAUCAAUUUCAAAACCAAGGUGCACCACGACCUAAUCUUCAUCCGGGAGUUACAGAUAAUCCCAAAUCUCCUGUUACGAUACAAUAUGUUGUAUCAGAUCCUCCCAAAGGUACUGAAAACAUAAUGAAUCAUAAGUAUCCUGAUAAAGAUGAAAAAGAAUAUCAUGACAAUCAGAAUGAUGCGAGUCUGUUGGUUCAGUCUGAUGAUCACGAUCAAUAUGUAUCACCUUUAUCCUUUGAAAGUCAAGUGAAUGAUAUUCUUUGGAACAACAAUAAUGAAAAUUUGCUUCAGGCCACUACUUCUGACCAAUCGCCUUUGAUUAAACUCGACAGUGGCCAUCAACAAGAGAUCGAUAAGAUAUUUAAUGACUAUGAGGAUAUGUCUGAAAAUCAAAAUAGCGAAAUUGAUUUGGAAAUGAAAAGUUCUUACAAAGAAUAUAACUCUGCUGAAAAUCAAGACGAACUACCACUAACCGAUAGUUCAGUUAGCGACAUUGGAUUGCAGGAAAAUAAAGACGUAUAUAAUUCCGUUGACGAGUUUUACAAAGUUACGCCUAACCUAAUUCAAGAUGAACCUGUGGCAUUGACUACUUCAAAUAACCCUUCCUUAAAUUUAUAUAGUUCCGUUGACGAGUUUUAUAAAGUUAUGCCUAACCCAAUUCAAGAUGAACCUGUGGCAUUGACUACUUCAAACAACCCUUCCUUAGAUUUUCAUGACCAAGAUGAAAAAGUAGACGCUUAUGAAACAACUACAGAUUUCGAAGAAUCUUUGUACGACUCAGUACCUACUAAUGGCCAAAGCCCUCAAGAUUUUGGAUUCAAAUUGAAUGAGAUGGAUCUAUCCGAUGUAUCACAAUCAUCAAAUCCACAAGAACCCUCGUUAGUUAAAAGAAUGGAAUUAAAUGAAACAACUACAGCUACAACUGUAAAUUGGUUGGAGAAUAUUACUGAAGAAAUCUAUAAUACGACUGAUAGCUUAAGUAUAUUGUCAGAAUUUUCAGAAAAUCUAUCUACAGCAAACAAUAUUGUAGAUAAAAUGCUGUAUAGCAGUAUAACCACUGAAGAAUUACAAACAAUACUAAAUGAUGUCAAAUCAGAAUUAGAAUCAAAGGUUCAGUUUGAUAACAAUAACGAAACGGACUUUAUAUAUGACCGCUUUAUGGAUGAUGGUCCUACGUUUUCUGAAGAUGGCGGUAUGAUAGAAUCUGCAGAAAACCUACUGGAAAUCCAUACUACAUCAGAAGAUUCAAAUGUGAAAGACAUUGAAACAGUUACUAACUUUAAAGAAAUUGAUUCAACUACGACAGUAGCUUCAGUGAAUCUUGAAACUUCUUUGUUGCCAAAAAUUUUCAAUUCUCGAGUAAUAUACAAACAGAAAGAUCAAAAAGAGGAAUGUGGCGAAGGAACGCAAUGGAUUAGAAACUGUUAUGGUUGCUCCUGUGAAAACGGGAAAGCAAUAUGUUAUAAAUUGCCUGCUUGUGUACUGAGAAGUUUUGGAGAGCCGAUGACAUGCAAACCUUAUUCUCGAUUCAAGAUGGGUGAUUGUUAUACUUGUGUAUGCAAUGGAGAUGGUGUAGCCGAAUGUGAUUCCACUGGCUGUACGAAAGAGCUAGGAAAUGAAAUGCUGGCUGUUGGAGAAAAACCAAAUAAUCCAGAAGAUUCAACAGAGUCUGGGUCAGCCAACAAACAAUAUUAUGAUGAGGAAAAAAGUGAUGAACUAAUACAUCAUUCAAGCUACAAAAAGUUGUCCAAGGAAUGUACCAAACAAAUCGUUUAUCCGACUUGCGAGCCGGGCACGACUUGGAUCAGUGCUUGCCAUCGUUGUGAAUGCAAAAAUAACAGUAGACAUGAAUGUACUCCAGUGGAUGGUUGCGAAUUGGACGUUCUUGGGAAGGGGAAACCGAGUCGAUGCAAGCCGAAUUCUAAGUUCUACCCAAAGACGACCGGCAUGCCUUGUGUUGAGUGCUACUGCAACGACGAAGGAAUUCCUUACUGCCCAACGCCUAACAAAUAAUCAUUAUUGUAAUAUAACUUUAAUUUUGUACGCAUGUCUAUGUUAUUCCUGAUGGUUGAGACUAUUUGACUUUUUAUAUGUUUCGUAAGAAAUGUUGACCGAUUCAUUUUCAUUAAGGCCAAAAAAGUUUUACUUAUUAAUUCAUUGAAUUUAUAUACUUAAAUGACUGGUAUAAAAAGGCUGA